GCACUGGACAUCGCUAAUGAGUCAUAUUUUCCCUUGAUCUUCACUUUUACUUUUGUCUGAGAAUGCCUAAACAUUCUGGUGUUAAUUCAAAGGCUGCAGAGGCCCUGCAGAGACGUAAGGAGCAAAAGGAGCUUAUAGCACGCAAAAAGGAGGAAGAGAAACUAGAUAAGUUAUGGCAAGAUGAUGACAAAUUGACAAAGGCUAAGCAGGAGCGAAAGCUGGAGACUCAACGCAAGCAACAAGAAAAAUUACAAAAGAAGACAGAGCUACGCAACUUAUUGGAGCAGGAAGAAGCUCAACUCGUAUCUAAUAAGCAAUGUGCCAAGGGUAAUCCAAUACCAAAAGUUACAAGAGCGGAGUGUCUUCGCAACCAGCUUUUGCAGGCACAAAAGGCUAAAGAAGCAGCUGCAAAACGAGAGGACUAUGUCUCGGUACAUGACGACCUACUGAGAGCAAAUACGAAUCACCAGAUAAUGGCAGAGAAACUGGAGCUGGAAGAACAAAAUAUAGAGCUUAUUACUGCUUCUGGUAUCGAUGAUGUUUUGAGCGCGCUGUCGUUGGAUUCAAAGGAUUCCAGAUUCGACAAAUCAAUCAAAUCGACAUAUUUGGCAUUCCAAGAGAGGAAGAUGGCGGAACUCAAGACUGAAUACCCAAAUUUGAAAUUAUCGCAGUAUAAGGACAUGAUUUUCAAGCUCUGGAAAAAGUCACCGGAGAACCCCUUUAACGCCUCCUAGAGAUUUAAUUUGUAAUAUUG